AUGAUCGAGCAGCACCGAAAGCACAAGGCGGAGGUGAUGGCGAUCGCCGUGUCUGACACGCUUGACGCGAAUUUUGUGGUGGCGGGAGAUCGACAAGGACGCAUCAGCGCGUGGGAACGGGACGCGUACCUAACCGUGUUCCUCAUGACGAUUGGUGAUUGCAGAGGGAAGGUGUCAAUGUUCAUGCCGGUAUCAGGCGACGGUAUCCACUCGAUGGCUAUUUCACCGCAUGAUAAAGCACUCGUAGCGGUAGGUUAUCGUAGUGGAGUGCUUUGUCUCGUGGAUGCUGCGAAAGGUACUGUACGUCACCGUCUAGCUGGGCACGACCAGGAAGUUCAGUGCGUUGCUUGGAAGGCGACGUUAAAAGUCAACAACCCCGUGGAAGGAGAUGAGGAAGACGUCGGUGAACCUGAUAAGGCUGGUCGAGAUGUAUGGCUUGCAUCGUCGUCUCGGGAUAAAACUAUCAAGGUGUGGAAGCUUGCAUCGACUUCAGCUGAAGAACCCGCCUUGGAUCAAGUGCUGCGACUUCCAACAGGAAAGCAGGGGAUGUCGUUUACCCAGACAAAACAAUUAUGGCUAUCUGUGGCGUGGAGCGUUAACGAUAACGCUUUAGCGAGGCAUUGCCUUUGGUCGGGAUCAUUCGAUGGCAGUCUGCUGCGCUGGGAAUGGAGUGCAGACAAGUCGGAAGACCAGGGGAAGAAAGGGAAGAAGCGCACUCCGUGCAAGCCUGUAGCCGUCAAAGGUGGCCAUAACCGAAUGCUUUUCAGCAUCGUGAUGGUGCCCCCGCGAAGUACUGCUCUGCCUCAAGACGAUGCAGUGUCGAUGCUGACUGUAUCGCUGGAUCGAGAGCUGCGCCUUUGGCAGGAGAACCCGCCCUCAAAAUCAUCGCCUGCUGCGACUUAUGUCGAGAAGCUGACUGGGUUAGGAGGACACGCUUACAGCGUUUCGCAUAACGUAGCAACUGGACUCGUUGCCGCCGGAGUUGGAGAUCAGACGAUUCGGCUGUGGAAUUUAGGUACCGAUGGUGCAUCUACAACGAGUGACUACCAAUGCGAACUGCUUUGGAAGGGCUUGCAGAGCAAGGUUACGUGCGUUCGGUGGCAUCCCUUCCAGCAUUCAUUGCUGGCGUACAGCAUGGAAGACGGACGCAUUGGGGUUUACGACACUCAAACCAACAAGUACAGCCAUUUCCGUACCAGUCACGAUCACGAGGUCGAGCAACUCCAAUGGAUUGUACAGCAGUCGAAGGCCAGUGAGAGUGCUGAUGAUGGAGAUAGCUCGUUUCUCGACAGCAUGAAGCAACUGGAAGCUGCACAAGCGCAAGGUCAGAGUCUGGAGGAGGCUUUAACUUCCCAGGAAAAACAGACAAGUAAGGGCCGCGAUGGGGACGAGGUGAGGGUUUUCUUGUGGAGCCGCGACGCUGGUGGUCAUUUGUUGGAAUCAAAUGCAGAUGCGAUCGACCAGAAAUCUCGUGAGGUAGUCUCUGGUUGUGUCGCGUUUGAAUGGGACGAGCACUGUGAGCUUCUCGCCAUCGGGCGCUCUAACGGCGUCGUGGAAGUAUUGAAAUGGGAGGGAAGUUUUGACACUAGCAGUGCGAUUCAUCGCUUUCACGAGCAUUUGGAGGGGGUAACGUGCUUGGCGUGGGGUAGUGGAGGACAUGCUGGUUUGCUGGCAUCCGGCGGUGAAGAUGGUAAAAUCUUUGUCUACGGUUGUGGAGAUGAAACGAACGCACUAGAUGACUUGGGCACAUCAGCUGAGCCGGGUCUAGGAAACCAAAUUCUCGGCAGUAUUGCAGCCCACUCGAACAAAAUCAUGGGUUUAAGGUGGUGCCCCGACGUAGCCCAAGGCCGCUUGGCCUCUUGUUCUUCUGAUGGAACUGUUCAAGUUUGGGAAACAGCAUCUUUCCGGAGGGAAGCACACUUCAGCCACCACGUUGGUCGCGUUUUAUCACUGGAGUGGGUCUCGCCGUUCGUUCUUGUUACUGGAGGUGAGGACCAAACACUGCGCCUCUGGGACUGUAGGGAGCAGCCCAAAGAUCCUCUGUCGAAGCAAAAGAAGCCUAGCAAGGUGAAACAGCCCCAAGAAGUUGAAACAAUUCAGGAAUUCUUUGCUACCGAAGUGAAGCGCUUUCGAGAUGACCGUGAAUGGGAGAACCUCGCCAACAUGCUACUGCUGCAGGGAAACAUUGCGGAGGCCCUGCGCGUUGUUGCAAAGGAAGGAGCUCUUUCACCCACCUACCUUUCGUAUGCUCCAAUGGCUGGGAUGGACGUGUGGCGAGAGAUGACGAACUUGUAUGCCCACCAGCUCGAUGCGCAAGGAGACAAGAAAGCUGCAGCGUUGCAUUUCCUCAGCAUCGCGAAGGUUCGAUCUGCCGUCGCGUGCUUGGUGAGUGGGGAUGCCUACCAGGAAGCUAUAGCGCUCGUUCGAUCUAGGUUGGGGCCCCACGAUCCUCUCCUAUACGGCACCUUGUGGAAAUACUCGCAGUUCCUCUCGAAGCGCGGUCGGCAUGGAGAGGCCGCCUUGGCGCUGUUGAACAUUGGCUCCGUGAAGGCCACGACGCGGGCGGUUCACAUGCUUGUGAACACAGGCGAGAUGGUCUCCAUUAAAGCUGCCCUCGACGUUCUGCUAGCGGCAGCGAAGUCUCCGGCGAAGAUCAGACAUCAAGGAGAGGGCUCUGAAAAAGGAGGUGAGGAGCUUUCGUUUCCCGCGAGCUUUUUCAUCUCAAUUGCGGGUAAAGCUCUCGCAAAAUCCCGCUUUGACAUUGCUGAAACAGUGGCGAGUUUGCUUCAAUCGCCGCUGGUAGGGGCCUCGUUCUCCCCGGUGCACCGCUUAACAUGCUGUCUUCUCGGAAUCGUCAAGACACUUGAUGAGCACCGGCAAUUCCAUUGCAAACUUGAGAAUGAUGGCACCCAGGUCGGAAAUCGUGCUGAUCAUUUCUACUCGCAAAUACUGAGCGUAUGUCAAGGAAGUGGUUACUGGUUUGAUGCUGAGGGGGAAACUCGCGUACAAGAAGCGCAGGACUUGCUAGUGGAAACCAACUGCUUCAAUGAUAUCGAGAAGGCUGUUGCAGCUGCUAGUGAACGACCUGGAAGCGCAACUAGUGUGUUGUUGCAAGUCUCCCAGAGGUUGCUGCGCUUCACGAUUGAUGUGAUGAGCGGGAGUUUUAUUGGCGGUCUCGAGCAUAUGCGAGAGGCAUUCUUGCUUUUGGCGCAGUGCGAGGAUUCCACUGGUAGUUUACGCCUCGAAGUGAUGACACUGCUGUAUCCGUGCGGUUUCGCGUCUCCGAAAUCGCUCCCUCAAUGCGGCGAGCUCGCAGACGAGCAGGGGGACACACUCGUGCUAUGGAGCUCGAGUUUGCUCUCUCAGUGCCGAGUGGUUCUGUCAACGUCCACAACGACUGCCAAGACCAACACUACAGAGGGCUUGAUGCCGAGUCCGGAGUCACUGAUCGUGUCGUUGCUCCAUCUACUUCGUGGUUCGUUCCUCGACGAUAACAACGUGCUGAUGUGCGAAGGCUUGAAGGAUGUUGGGAAUCAGUCGCAACUACAAACUUUGCUGAACGAGAUGCUGGUAGCUGCACAACUGCUACAGGAAGAGCCUGCUAAACAAGACGAAGAAAGCAAACACUGCGUGUCCAGAAAGCAAGCUCUUAUAGAUAAAGUGAAGGAGAUGCGAUCGAGUCUUACGUGGAGCAGCGACGAAGGCGUCGAGUAA